AACUGAUUAGAAAAAAAAAAAAAAGAGAAGAUGAUAACAGGAGACGAUUUUUACAAGGUGAUGUGUGCAAUGGUGCCCUUAUAUUUUGCAAUGAUAGUUGCAUAUGGGUCAGUAAAAUGGUGGAAAAUAUUUACACCAGAGCAAUGUUCAGGAAUCAAUAGAUUUGUUGCUGUUUUUGCAGUUCCAGUUCUAUCUUUUCAUUUUAUAUCUCAGAAUAAUCCAUACAGGAUGGAUACUAAGUUCAUAUUGGCUGAUACUCUUUCUAAAGUGUUAGUUCUUGUCGUUCUAUCAGUUUGGGCUAUUUUCUUUAAUGGAGGAUUGGAUUGGCUUAUUACUCUAUUCUCUGUUGCUACUUUGCCUAACACUCUUGUUAUGGGUAUUCCUUUGCUCAUGGCCAUGUAUGGAGAUUUUACUCAGAGUCUCAUGGUGCAAGUUGUUGUUCUACAAUGUAUCAUCUGGUAUACCCUUUUGCUCUUCCUGUUUGAGUAUAGAGCAGCUACACACUUGAUCAAAACCCAAUUUCCAGGACCUACAGCGGCCUCCAUCACUAAAAUCGAACUCGACAAUGACGUUAUCUCCCUCGACGGCCGAGACCCACUUCGCACAGAAUCCGAAACUGACGGAAACGGUCGCAUCCGGCUACGAAUCCUGCGGUCAACUUCGUCGGCUCCGGAUUCUGCCCUAUCAUCGUCCAUCAACCUCACCCCUAGACCCUCAAACCUCUCCAAUGCCGAAAUCUUUUCAGUUAAUACUCCUGCACCAUUUCACGAGUACAAUAUCAAUAACACUAGUAGUGGUUAUAGUCACUAUAAUCAUGGAGCAAACAACGAGAUAAUAAUAUGCAGUGGUGAUUUGGGUUUCGGGUAUAGGUCCGGAACAAGUCCGAGACUUUCCGGAUACGCGUCGUCAGAUGCUUACUCUCUGCAACCGACGCCUCGAGCAUCAAACUUUAAUGAGCUAGACGUGACAAAUUCUGCCGGUACGCCGUACUGGGUUAGGUCUCCGGUAGCCGGAAAAUUUUUCAGGCAGCAGUCCCCAGCUGUUCCCGAAGUUAGAAUGGCGUGGGGAGAGUCGCCAGGGAAGGGCCAGAAUGGUAGCGCUGGCGGAGGCGGCGGCAAAGACAUUACAGAAAAAGAAAUUAGCUUCAGAGACAAUUGUAAAACUCCGGCGCCGGAAGAAGCUGCAACCGAACAAGGAAUGCCCAGUGCCAUUGUCAUGAUGAGACUUAUACUGAUCGUGGUUGGCCGGAAGCUCUCUCGCAAUCCAAAUACAUAUUCAAGUGUAUUAGGCCUCCUCUGGUCUUUAAUCUCAUUCAAUUUGUGGUAUUUUGAGCAGAUGGAAUGUGGGAAUGCCAAGUCUAGUGAAAUACUCGAUAAAAAUAAUUUCAGAUGCAGGUCUUGGAAUGGCAAUGUUCAGUUUAGGGUUAUUCAUGGCCCUUCAACCUCGGAUAAUUGCCUGUGGCAAAAAGAAGGCAGCGAUGGGGAUGGCGAUCCGAUUCAUUUGCGGCCCCAUAGUGAUGUCAGCAGCAUCCGUCGCGGUGGGUUUAAGAGGAGUCCGGCUACGAGCAGCUAUAGUACAGGCAGCUCUUCCACAAGGGAUAGUACCAUUUGUGUUUGCAAGAGAAUAUGGAUUACAUCCAGAUAUAUUAAGUACAGGGGUCAUCUUUGGGAUGCUAGUUUCCUUACCGGUAACCUUACUCUAUUACAUAUUCCUAGGCCUAUGAAUUUAAAGUAGAAAAGAAGGGUUAUAGUAAGCAAAUGGAGAAUCCAAAGAGUUAAUCAUUUCCUAAGAAAGCAAAGAGAUAAUGAAGUUCAUAGGAAAAGACUAAUAUAUCCUUAUAAUAUAAUUUCAUUAAUCCCAGCCUUCCCCACCUGUAGUUGGGUUGAUGAUCCAGCCAUUAUAUAGGCUUCUGAUUAGCAAGAUCAAUGGUCUUUUUUGGUAUUGUAAAUUAAGAUUGACCAGCAAAAGGGUUUAUACCCAAAAAGCCUAAAAACAUGGUCAAAUUAUAGAAUUUGACAAGUUGAUCAUAAUUAGGGUUUUUGAUGCUCUCUAUAUAGUACAUAGAGUAGUGGUAGCCGAAAGGAAAAUGGGAUAUUAUUAUGACUUAUUAUUAUGAAGGUAGGAGAGCAGACUCACUUUCAUGGUGGGUAAUGUUGAUGUUUGAUCCAAGAAAAGAUAAUAUAUGAAAAAGAGUUGAAAAUUUGUAUCAUUUCUACUUUCGUUUUAGUGUCUUUUUGAUGAUUGUAAGUUGUAACAAUCAUAACUAAACAGUUGUUGCUUUGUUUUCUUUUUAGGGAAUUUGUAUGUGAAACAAAAGAAUAGAUUGCCUUACAAUUGAA